GCAGAAAAUACGGGAAUGCCAAGGAGACUCCAGGGGCGCGGGACGAACAAACUGGGAGGAAGCAGGAUCCGAACUGGUGUGAAUGGGGCCCAGCCCCGUGUGAAUGGGGCCCAGACUGGUGUGAAUGGGACCCAGACUGGUGCGAAUGGGACCCAGACUGGUGUGACUGGGACCCAGACUGGUGUGACUGGGGCCCAGACUGGUGUGAAUGGGACCCAGACUGGUGUGAAUGGGACCCAGACUGGUGUGAAUGGGGCCCAGACUGGUGUGACUGGGACCCAGACUGGUGUGAAUGGGACCCAGACUGGUGUGACUGGGACCCAGCCCCGUGUGGAUGGGGCCCAGCCCGGUGUGAAUGGGGCCCAGCCCGCUGUAACGGGAUCUCGGUGUGCCAGGAGCCCCAUGGUGACCGGGACGUCGGUGCUGGGGCUGAAGUUCUCCGGGGGAGUGAUGCUGGCCGCGGACACGGUGGGGUCCUUUGGAUCCCUGGCGCGAUUCCGGGGCAUCUCCCGGCUCCUCAAGGUCAACGACUCCACCGUGCUCGGAGCCUCCGGGGACCUGGCAGAUUUCCAGCACCUGCGGCAGCUCCUGGAGCAGAUGGUGAUCGACGAGGAGCUGCUGGGGGACGGGCACAGCUACAGCCCGCGGGCGCUGCACUCGUGGCUGACGCGGGUCCUGUACAACCGGCGCUCCAAGAUCAACCCCCUCUGGAACACCGUGCUCAUCGCCGGCGUCUACGGCGGGGAGAGUUUCCUGGGAUACGUGGACAUGCUGGGCGUGGCCUACGAGGCGCCGUCGCUGGCCACGGGAUUCGGGGCUUACCUGGCCCAGCCGCUGCUGCGGGCGGAGCUGGAGCGGGAGCGGGAUCAGCUCCCGACGCGGGAGGAGGCGCGGGAGCUGCUGGAGCGCUGCCUGAAGGUGCUCUACUACAGGGACGCUCGCUCCUUUAAUAGGUACGAGGUCGCCACGGUGACGGAGAAGGGCGUGGAGCUGGAGGGACCCCUGACCCUGGAGGCCAACUGGGACAUCGCCCAUCUGGUCAGAGGUUUUGAGUGAUCUCCAGGAGCUGCUCCGGCCACGGUGAAUCCCUGUUUUUAUUCCAUCCCUUCUUUCCCUCUGGAAUGGCAAAUCCAGCUUUUUUUUGGGAAUAAAAUCGAUCGUUUAAGACCUA